AUCUCUGCAGGGCCGACUCUGAAAAUGGACCAAGCUCUGCUGGCAUUUCACAACCAGCUCACAGAACGAGUGUGGGUUUUCUACACAUCAGAUUACUGCUACAAGUGUGUUCAGCAGCAGCUGGUGACCGUGAGGCCCAACAACAACAAUGCAUCUGCAGUAAUCAGCACUAAAUUCACCCUGACUCUGCAGGUUGAAUCUCAAACCAGGAAUGCAACUCUUUGCAGAUGGAGUCAAACAUAUGAGGAAGGAGGUCAUUACUCUAGUUGGAUCCAGAUGCCCACAGCCUCCACUAACCCAAUCUGCUUUUUUUCUGUGGAUAAAAGUCCAAACAAUGCCUACCUGCCUCUUUUGGUGGCAGCUCUUCUACUGGCUGUUAUUGCUCUUGUAUUUGUGGUGGUACCAUACAUCUACAGAAGGCGUUGCACAUCCAAGUGUGUAAGCUUCAUCUGCCACCAAGAUUCACUACGCUCCAUGCAUAAUAACGGUACACAUGAUUGUGCGACUGCAGAUAACACUGGUGAAGCCAAACCCUCACGUCUGCUCUCCUUGGACGCUUUCCGAGGGUUUGCUCUCACACUGAUGGUGUUUGUGAACUAUGGUGGAGGAGGCUACUGGUUCUUCCAGCAUGCACCAUGGAACGGUUUAACUGUGGCAGAUCUGGUCAUGCCCUGGUUUGUUUUCAUAAUUGGGACUUCGGUGGUUCUGGCCUUCAGCUCCAUGCAGAGGAGAGGAGUGAGCCGCCUGCAGCUGCUGAGAAAAAUCACCUGGAGGACAGUUGUGCUGAUGAUGCUCGGCUUCUGCUUCCUCAACUACUCUCCCAGAGACGGCCCAUUGUCCUGGUCCUGGCUUAGGAUCCCUGGAGUGCUGCAACGUCUGGGCUUCACCUACUUUGCUCUGUCUCUCCUGCAGACUUUCUGGGGCCAGAGACAAAUCCCAGAGAGCGCGCAUCACUGGAGAAACGCUAUGCAGGAUAUUUUCCUUUACUGGCCUCAGUGGGUGAUUGUCAUCCUGCUGGAGACUUUAUGGCUCUGCAUCACUUUCCUCCUGCCGGUACCCAGCUGCCCCAGAGGGUAUUUAGGAGCUGGUGGAAUCGGCGAUGGUGGUCUUUACCCAAACUGCACUGGGGGUGCAGCAGGAUUCAUCGACAGGUGGAUGUUUGGUGAUAACAUGUUCAGAUACCCCACUUGCAAAGAGAUGUAUCUCACUGUGCAGCCCUUUGACCCAGAAGGGAUUCUGGGAACAAUCAACUCCAUUGGGAUGGGAUUUCUAGGAAUGCAGGCAGGGAAGAUUCUUCUUUUCUACAAAAGAAAGAACGUCCAUAUUCUCUGCCGAUACCUGGCGUGGGCCAUCAUCCUGGGAAUCUCUGCAGCCAUCCUUACUAAGUGCAAGCGAGACGGAGGAUUUAUACCUGUCAAUAAAAACCUUUGGUCGUUGUCAUAUGUAAUGACCAUGGGCUGUUUCUCUUUCCUGCUGCUCGGAGGCAUGUUCUAUGUCAUUGAUGUGAAAGGCUGGUGGCAAGGACAGCCCUUCAUAUAUCCAGGGAUGAACUCCAUCUUUGUUUAUGUUGGCCACUCGCUCCUCGGAUUCUACUUCCCCUUCAGCUGGGAGAUGCGCUUCCAGGAGAGCCACUGGGAGCUGCUGCUGCAGAACAUGUGGGGAACUGCCCUGUGGUUGCUCGUCUCCUACCUUCUCUACAGGAAGAAGUUUUUCCUCAAAAUAUAGGCAGGAACAUAUCCUAUGAAGACACUGACCUACAUGCCUUACACAAUAAAAUACAUAAAUCAGUGUUUGGACUUAGACUUAGACUCAACUUUAUUAAUCCCAUUAGAUUACUCCUAUUCUGG